ACAUUGUUACACAAACGACACAAACACACAAAGAUCCGCCGUCCCCGUCAACUGCUGUGUUGCGUUGUUUAGUAAUUCCCGGUUAUCUUAUUUGUUACGCUCAGAAUACUUGGUAAACCGAAUCGCCUAAACCAUCAUGGCAAACGAAAAGUAUGGCACCCCAAGGACCAGCGUAACUGCAGCAAUGCUCCUCAAUCCGCGGUUCCAAAAGAAGAAUGUUAGGUUAAUUGGAACUGUUGUAAAGAAUACCAGCAACAUGGUAGAAGUUAACACUGGAGACCAUUGUAAUGUUAGAGUACAAUUUCAAAAUCCCCUUGAUGAGCCUUUGGAUGGGCUUAUUGAUGUGUAUGGUCAAGUGCUGGACAAAAAUCUCAUUGAAGCCGAGUCAUACAUCAUAGUGCCCCCCCAUCUAGCUGAAAACUUUGAUUUGCAGACUCACAAUGAAGCAAUAACUUUCAUUGGAUCUUCGGAAAAUCCAUGGACCCAGGGAUUAUGAAGCAAUAACAUUUUUCAAUAUUAAUGUAACUGACUUUUUCUUCUGUCAUUUUAUCUUCUUUUUUUUUGUAUACCUUGCUAUUUCUUUUAUUGUUUAAUUUUGUAUUAUGUGAGCUAUACAUUGAUCUUGGCCCGGAAAUUUUUAUUUUAUAAUUUAUAGCCCUCCAAAUUGUCAACGUAAUAAAAUUCUUUCUUUUUUGAUA